CUAGCCAAGCAGUGUUCUCUUCGUCCCCCUCCCCCAAACUGAGGAUUGGGCAAUACCACAGAACCUCAGGAGAGGGGGGAAGAGCGAGCUUCGGCCCCACUAAUGGUGGAGUGGGCGGAGGCUGGGUUUCCCACCUCGGCUGCACCUGGGCACUGGAGGCUGAAGAGGAAAGUGAGAAUCUGAAGUUUUGAGACCUCUGACUGGCCAGGAAUAGCUCCUGGGGCGGGGGGCAAGGAUGGGACCAUAGGCGGAAAGAGUCUCGCGGUCCCCCCUGCUUCUGGCGCGGGUCCCUGCGCCCGGUUGUGGAGCGUCUCUCGCGGGGAGGGGUCGGGGGGAACGGCAGCUCGCGGUGUUGUUCACUCGCGCGUCGAGCACACGGUGGGUCCGGCGGCCGGUUGGCGCCCCAGGCGGCGUUCCCUGUGGCCUGGCGCCUGGGCCGCUGCCCUGAGCGGGUUCCGCCCCAGAGCCCGACCCUCCUGGGGGCCCUAGGUGGAGUCCCGCGAGCCGAGGGGGACCGGCGACCGCUGCCGAAGCAUGAAGAAGGGGUAAGGCGUGAGCCCCCAAGAUUUCACGCGUGCCCCCUAGCUUCGGUACUCUGACACCUUCUCUUGCACUUGCGGAUGAUGAACCGGAAUAACGAUGCAAGAAAGCACAUCCGAUCUCAACAUUCACGACCUGCCCUAUAACCGAUUAAUUAAUUGAUCCCCAGCUAGACUAGUAUCAUGUAUUUAAUUACUUGCUUUAGAAUCCAGUUUUUUUUUUCUAACUUGAAUCUACAAGUAUGAGUAGGCUUCAGUUUUGCGUGAUCUACCUGAAGGAUGAAAUUUUUUUUUUGCAAAUAUAAGAAACAACUGUUGGUUACUUGAUUUUUGUGUUAAAAACUGUUUACAUCUCAUUUAAAAAUAAAUGAUUCACUAUAAAAAGUGUUAACAAUCCAAAAUACAUAGUUGUGAUCAUUUAUAAGGUGAACUGGCACAAAGGUUAAUCUCAAGAUGCCGCUAGUGAAAAGAAACAUCGAUCCUAGGCACUUGUGCCACACAGCACUGCCUAGAGGCAUUAAGAAUGAACUGGAAUGUGUAACCAAUAUUUCCUUGGCAAAUAUAAUUAGACAACUAAGUAGCCUAAGUAAAUAUGCUGAAGAUAUAUUUGGAGAAUUAUUCAAUGAAGCACAUAGUUUUUCCUUCAGAGUCAACUCAUUGCAAGAACGUGUGGACCGUUUAUCUGUUAGUGUUACACAGCUUGAUCCAAAGGAAGAAGAAUUGUCUUUGCAAGAUAUAACAAUGAGGAAAGCUUUCCGAAGUUCUACAAUUCAAGACCAGCAGCUUUUCGAUCGCAAGACUUUGCCUAUUCCAUUACAGGAGACGUACGAUGUUUGUGAACAGCCUCCACCUCUCAAUAUACUCACUCCUUAUAGAGAUGAUGGUAAAGAAGGUCUGAAGUUUUAUACCAAUCCUUCAUAUUUCUUUGAUCUAUGGAAAGAAAAAAUGUUGCAAGAUACAGAGGAUAAGAGGAAGGAAAAGAGGAAGCAGAAGCAGAAAAAUCUAGAUCGUCCUCAUGAACCAGAAAAAGUGCCAAGAGCACCUCAUGACAGGCGGCGAGAAUGGCAGAAGCUGGCCCAAGGUCCAGAGCUGGCUGAAGAUGAUGCUAAUCUCUUACAUAAGCAUAUUGAAGUUGCUAAUGGCCCAGCCUCUCAUUUUGAAACAAGACCUCAGACAUACGUGGAUCAUAUGGAUGGAUCUUACUCACUUUCUGCCUUGCCAUUUAGUCAGAUGAGUGAGCUUCUGACUAGAGCUGAGGAAAGGGUAUUAGUCAGACCACAUGAACCACCUCCGCCUCCACCAAUGCAUGGAGCAGGAGAUGCAAAACCGAUACCCACCUGUAUCAGUUCUGCUACAGGUUUGAUAGAAAAUCGCCCUCAGUCACCAGCUACAGGCAGAACACCUGUGUUUGUGAGCCCCACUCCCCCACCUCCUCCACCACCUCUUCCAUCUGCCUUGUCAACUUCCUCAUUAAGAGCUUCAAUGACUUCAACUCCUCCCCCUCCAGUACCUCCCCCACCUCCACCUCCAGCCACUGCUUUGCAAGCUCCAGCAGUACCACCACCUCCAGCUCCUCUUCAGAUUGCCCCUGGAGUUCUUCACCCAGCUCCUCCUCCAAUUGCACCUCCUCUAGUACAGCCCUCUCCACCAGUAGCUAGAGCUGCCCCAGUAUGUGAGACUGUACCAGUUCAUCCACUCCCACAAGGUGAAGUUCAGGGGCUGCCUCCACCCCCACCACCGCCUCCUCUGCCUCCACCUGGCAUUCGACCAUCAUCACCUGUCACAGUUACAGCUCUUGCUCAUCCUCCCUCUGGGCUACAUCCAACUCCAUCUACUGCCCCAGGUCCCCAUGUUCCAUUAAUGCCUCCAUCUCCUCCAUCACAAGUUAUACCUGCUUCUGAGCCAAAGCGCCAUCCGUCAACCCUACCUGUAAUCAGUGAUGCCAGGAGUGUGCUACUGGAAGCAAUACGAAAAGGUAUUCAGCUACGCAAAGUAGAAGAGCAGCGUGAACAGGAAGCUAAGCAUGAACGCAUUGAAAACGAUGUUGCCACCAUCCUGUCUCGCCGUAUUGCUGUUGAAUAUAGUGAUUCGGAAGAUGAUUCAGAAUUUGAUGAAGUAGAUUGGUUGGAGUAAGAAAAAUGCAUUGAUAAAUAUUACAAAACUGAAUGCAAAUGUCCUUUGUGGUGCUUGUUCCUUGAAAAUGUUUGGUCAUUCUAGUGUUUUGCUUUCUUUUCCUUAUAAUAAAUGACCCUUUUCCUCCAUAACUUUUGAUUUCUAAGGAAAAUAUUAGCAUACAUUUCAAACUAAAUGUUUUACAGUGGCUUAUCUUUUUUUUCCCCCUGAAAAGACUAAUUUGGUCAAAUAAACCACUAAGUAUUAAGCAUGGACAGCUGUUGUUAGAGUAGCAGAUUCAGUUUUUUGAUAUAUCUUAAUUGUGUACUUUGUGAAUUUUAAUUUAAAGAAAGCAACUGAAAUUGAAAUCUUGAGGGCAGCUGUAUCUACUAAUGAGCCUUAUUCCAUUUCCUGAUGUUUUAAAAGAAGAAACACUGCCUUGAUUAUACGAAUACACUCAGAAAGUACAUUUAGCUUGUAGUGUUGAAUUCUCUUAAAGGAAUGCUUGAAUUUUUUCAUUAUUGUUUUAUUGUUUUUAUAUACUUGCCUUAUUUGAAUGUUUAGCAGUAUCCCCUUCCCACUUAUAUAUUGUGUGAUAUGAUUUUGCUUGCCUAUAGGAGUUAAAAACUUUUCCAUGUGAAAUACUCUGACUUAAACAUACAUGUAACUUACAUAACUGUUAAGAAUAACAGUCUGAUUUAAUAAAUGGUUCAUUUUAAAAGUU